AUGACACGUGUUUACUACAAAGAUGCGCAUGCUGCCAUAAUUGUGUUGGACUCCACCAGAGAACGAACUAUCGAAGGUGCUCUUCGCUGGAAGACUGAUUUGGAUCAAAAAGUCACGCUGGCUGAUGGCUCACCAGUUCCAGCAAUUCUUCUUGCAAACAAGUGUGACAUUGAGAAUCAACUUGGUGACGACAAACUGUAUGACUUGGAAACAAACAAUGGAUUCGUAGGAUCUUUCCGAACAUCGGCAAAAGAAAGUGUUGGCAUCGAAGAGGCGUUCAAAUUCUUAGCAAACACGGUAAUCUCCACAGAACAAGGUGGUCAAUACGACGUCCCAUUUUUAAACCGCGAAGGAAACGUGAACCUUGAUGACAACUCCACUCAUUACAAAAACGACUCCAAAUGUUGUUAG